AUGGCAGUUAUGAACAAUGCUGCUAUGAAGAGUUGGAGAUCGUGGGAAAUUCACAGCGGUGGUGUCCUGGGAGAUUUGAGUGGGAAGGAAAUUGUGUUAUGUGACCACCUCCUCUCUAUCUCUUGCUCCACAGCAAAAUGGAAGAAGAGUCAUGAACGCACCUCGUUCACCCACACACAGUAUAAGGAGUUGGAGGCUCUGUUUAGCUGCAACAUGUUUCCAGAUAAAAACCUCCAGAGAGAACUUGCUUUAAAACUCAAUCUACCAGAGUCAACAGUAAAGAUUUGGUUCAGGAACCGGCGGUUCAAAAUGAAGAAGCAGCAGCAGCAGCAGCAAGAGCAGCAAUCACUAAAGCCACCAAGCCAGGUCCUUCCAGCCAAGGAUGUGCCCACAGCAUCAACCAGCCCUCGUUCUUUUCUCCUUGAAGUUUCAGAUUCCUAUAACUCCCUCUCAUCUCUGCCCUUAGACCCUUUCCCCUGGGCGGGGGACUCUAUGAUCAUGGAGAUUCCUACAAGUGAUGUCCAAAUGCAACAUCCUCAAUUGGAGAGGCUAGUGGCCUCAGUUCCUGCUCUGUACUCUGACGCAUUUGACAUCACCCAAAUCAUGGAACUGUACAGUCUUCCUGAUGAGGAUGACAUCACCAACUCUUCCUUCUAUUCUCUAUUUCAGUAUCUCUCACCAACAAGGCCCAGUUAGAAGAGUUCUUCUCUUAUAGUCUUUGCUGAUUCAGCUGUAGGUUUAUUUCCUGGGAAGAUCUGCUUCAGUGUGACAAGCUGGAGCUUUGCAGUCUAUAGUCCACAGGACAGCCUGGAAUUCCAGAACCCCUCCAUUACGGUGCACUUUGGGUUUCUCUGA